AUGGCAGUGCGACAACGAAAAACAUUCUUGAAGGUGGGCCAGUCGCUUCUUGCUAGAAAGGAUUUGGAGCUGGAGACGCAAUUCAAAGAUCAUAUGAUUCAAUCCGUCAUGCCCAAAAAGGUGGCAGACGAGUUGUUGAAGGAUGCGUUGGAACUACGACGACCAUCUGCAAGUUUCGAUUCGAACUGUCGUGCUUCAAACGCCACCAAUCAGACAGGAAACACUGACGAGCAACCGUUAACACUUUUGAAAACCGUUCCGGAUGUGAGGAAAUUCCGACCAUUCACCAUGAAUCUGAUGACAGAUGUCUCCAUUCUAUUUGCUGAUAUUGCUGGAUUCACUAAGAUGUCAUCCAAUAAGUCAGCUGACGAACUAGUGAAUCUGCUUAAUGACCUAUUCGGAAGAUUUGAUAACUUGUGCCGUGUAGGAGGAUUAGAGAAGAUCAGCACCCUAGGAGACUGCUACUACUGCGUAGCUGGAUGUCCGGAACCAUGCUCAGAUCACGCUAUCCGUACGGUAGAGAUGGGUCUGAACAUGAUCGUCGCAAUCCGUCAAUUCGACAUCACUCGCGGCCAAGAUGUGAAUAUGCGAGUCGGAAUUCAUACUGGAAAGGUAAUGUGUGGCAUGGUGGGCACGAAACGCUUCAAAUUCGACGUCUUCUCAAAUGAUGUUACGUUGGCGAACGAGAUGGAGUCGACUGGAAUCGCUGGCAGAGUGCACGUGUCCGAAGCAACGGCUAAGUACUUAAGGGAAGACUACAUUCUGGAAGAAGGUCCUGACUAUGACGGUAAGCUGGCUAUGUUUGGACUUCUUAACAAGGAUGGACAACUUUAUUUUCUCAUAGGAAUGCGUUUUUAA